AUGUCGACCAACACGCAGAAGGCCCUCGUCCUUGAGAAGCUCAACGGCGAUUUCGUUGUGACUGACUGGCCCAUCCCUGUGCCACAAGCCGGGGAAGUGCUGGUCAAGAUAGAAGCAACAGCGCUUAACCCUGUCGACUGGAAAAUCCAGAAGAUAUUCGGGCAGUUCAUCAAAGACUACCCCGCCAUACUGGGAGUCGACAUUUCCGGUGAAGUAGUCGAGCUCGGGGAAGGGGUUACGAACGUCAAGAAGGGAGAUAAAGUAUUUUUCCAAGGCCAGCGCGCUGAAGGCGAUGCCAAAUACCGUAAUGCAGGAUUCCAGCAAUACACUAUUACAGAUGUUCGCACCAUCGCGAAGAUUCCUUCGAACAUCAGCAUUACUGAGGCUGCAGCCAUACCUGCUGGAUUCAUCACUUCUCCUGUGGGCCUGUUCCUUGAGAAACCACUCGGCGCUGGUCUCGAGAACGCUUUCACCACCGGCAAGGGUCGUUACAGCAACCAGCCGAUCGUCAUUCUUGGCGGUUCGAGUGCUGUCGGUCAAUUCGCGAUCCAAGUAGCGCGCCUCUCGGGGUUCAACCCAAUCGUCACCACAUCAUCCCUCAAGCACACCGAGUUCCUCAAGUCCCUCGGUGCGACGCACGUAGUCGACCGAGGGCUUCCUUCUGAGGACACCCAGAAGGCAAUCAAAGCGAUCGUCCCCACACCUGUGACCCUGGUUUACGACGCCGUCUCCACUAAGGAUACUCAAGAACUCGGGAUCAAAAUCCUAGCUCCCAACGGAACGAUAGUUCUGACUCUUCCCCCUGAGGUGGAAGCUUCCGAUGGCAAGGAGGUCAUCUUCGCACGGGCUCCCAAAGAGUUCCCUCGCGUUUACCAACUAUUGACUGAACUAUACCCCAAGUUAACGGGAUUGUUGGAGGAGAGGGUAAUCAAGCCCAUUCGAGUGGAAGUCCUCCCGGGUGGAUUAAAUGGAAUCGUUGCUGGACUAAAGAGGUUGGAGGAGGGGACUGUUUCUGGGACGAAGUUGGUGGUUCUUCCCCAGGAAACAGUUUGA